GUUGAAUACGUCAUUUUUAAGCUCACAAGUGUGGCUGACAGGAGUGGGAAAACCACACGUUUAGCCCCGAAUUGAAUGUAGUGAGGACAGUCGUACUUUUUCCAUUUGUUGUUAAAGAAGAUGAAUUCUCUCCUCAAGGUGGACAAUGAACUCAAAACGAAGGUAAAACGUGAUUUAUCAACGCCACAUGUCACGAGACAUCAUGGGGGAAAGUUGCUUGUUAGCUAACUAGCUAAUGUAAUGCUAACGUGACCUAGCUUGCAAUAAUAUGAAUCAGAAUGAGGCCAAGUGUUAAAGGUAACUUGCUUUAUCUUCCUGUGCCCGUCAUAGCGGACAAGGCAAACUGUCUAACAACAGGGUGCACCUCCCUGAACAAAAGGGUUGCUGUGCCGCAUGUUUCAUAAAGGGCGUGUAUUGGUAGCUAGCUAACGGUGUCGAGGUACCGGUAACUCAAUUCGGCACAAUUUUUAGGCCUAGCCAGUAGAGUAAGCAUGUUGAAGUGACGUUGAUGAACUGAUGACUGGCAUCAUCUUUCAGACAGUAGUCUACUCGAAUCCUACUCACUUGUUGUAUUCAAACAGGCCUGCUGAUUAUUUUGCCUGUGAUAUGACAGUUGUUUGGUGGUUGUAUUUGUGCAGGUCGAUGCUUUCAGAGAACGAAUUACUGGGGAGGUGAGUUUCCUUUCAGUUUAUUCAUUGAGGGACAAAAGCAAAUAUUGUACCUAGCUACCUGUAUCUAGAUCUGAAUGUCAUUUCCCAAAUAAACUCUUUGUUUCAUAGGCGGAGGAGCUAGUUGCAAGUUUUUUCCCAAAUAAGUUAUUGGAACUCGACCAUUUCCUCAAGGUAAACUUAUUUAUGUCAACAAAAUGAAAUGAUUAGUCAAAUGUCCUCCGACUUCCCUUUAUAGAGUGUGUAUGUGUUGUUGGUCAUCUUUUGCAGGAUCCCGUCUUAAACAUAUGUGAACUGAAGGAAAUACACUCAGAAAUCAACUUGACGGUGCCAGACCCCAUUCUACUCUCAAACCUGCAUGACGGACUUGAAGCGGUGAGACUUGGAAUGGAAUUUAACACCCUGUAAUGACCAAAUGUCAUCUGAUUGCAUGUGUCCAUUGUAAACAACUUGAUAUCCUCUUCACAGCAAAAUGCCAAAAAGAGGAAGAUGGAAGAUGGCUCUGGGGAGGACAAGGGUGAGUAAUUCACCCAUAUUUUCCCCACACUGUGUGAGUUUUCUUCUGGUGUUUAGUUUUUGUUAGGAAAAGCCUAGUCCAUGGGUGCCUGGCUUUGUCUGAAAGUGGGGGUGCAAAAGCUUGGGGGAGGGGGGGGGGGGCUGUCUUGACUUUUUUUGGUGCUGUUUGAAGCACUGUCACAAUGUUUAUUAUUUUAUAUUAACUUGUCUCAGCAGCAUACAUAUUUGAUGCAGAGAGGGUAGAAUGGCUUAUUUGGUUGAUAUUACUUAUCAAGCCAAGCAAAAGGACCCUGCGCAGGAUAAAGUGACUAAGGGGGCAGUUGAAAUCGGUUAGGGGGCAAAUUUUUUUGGGGGUUCUUGCAUUGGAAUUUAUAUUGAAUUCUGCUUAUAUCACACUAUAUCACAAACAUAAAGUUCAAUUGCUGAGACUCAGAGACCAUUGAGUGCUUUUGAAGUGACAGGUUGGCGCGAAUACUGUAGCCCAUCUCCGCUGCGCUGUAUCAGCACAAUGGACAGGGCCCUACACACUAAAGCAAGGCCAUUUUGGCAAUGAAUAGGCUGUAGGCUACAAGAUAGAUAGGCUGUUUGUAAUAGGUUAAUUCACCUAUUACAAACAGCCUACAGUGAGGGAAAAAAGUAUUUCAUCCCCUGCUGAUUUUGUACAUUUUCCCACUGACAAAGACAUGAUCAGUCUAUAAUUUUAAUGGUAGGUUUAUUUGAACAGUGAGAGACAGAAUAACAACCAAAAAAUCCAGAAAACGCAUGUAAAAAAUUGUAGAAAUUGAUUUGGAUUUUGUUCCACUCCUCUUUGCAGAUCUUCUCCAAGUCAUUAAGGUUUCGAGGCUGACGUUUGGCAACUCGAACCUUCAGCUCCCUCCACAGAUUUUCUAUGGGAUUAAGGUCUGGAGACUGGCUAGGCCACUCCAGGACCUUAAUGUGCUUCUUCUUGAGCCACUCAUUUGUUGCCUUCUUUGUUGCCUUGGCUGUGUGUUUUGGGUCAUUGUCAUGCUGGAAUACCCAUCCACGACCCAUUUUCAAUGCCCUGGCUGAGGGAAGGAGGUUCUAACCCAAGAUUUGACGGUACAUGGCCCCGUCCAUCGUCCCUUUGAUGCGGUGAAGUUGUCCUGUCCCCUUAGCAGAAAAACACCCCCAAAGCAUAAUGUUUCCACCUCCAUGUUUGACGGUGGGGAUGAUGUUCUUGGGGUCAUAGGCAGCAUUCCUCCUCCUCCAAACACGACGAGUUGAGUUGAUGCCAAAGAGCUUGAUUUUGGUCUCAUCUGACCACAACACUUUCACCCAGUUCUCCUAUGAAUCAUUCAGAUGUUCAUUGGCAAACUUCAGACGGGCCUGUAUAUAUGCUUUCUUGAGCAGGGGGACCUAGCGGGCGCUGCAGGAUUUCAGCUUUCACGGCGUAGUGUGUUACCAAUUGUUUUCUUGGUGACUAUGGUCCCAGUUGCCUUGAGAUCAUUAACAAGAUCCUCCCGCGUAGUUCUGGGCUGAUUCCUCACUGUUCUCAUGAUCAUUGCAACUCCACGAGGUGAGAUCUUGCAUGGAGCCCCAGGCCGAGGGAGAUUGACAGUUAUUUUGUGUUUCUUCCAUUUGUGAAUAAUCGUACCAACUGUUGUCACCUUCUCACCAAGCUGCUUGGCGAUGGUGUUGUAGCCCAUUCCAGCCUUGUGUAGGUCUACAAUCUUGUCCCUGACAUCCUUGGAGAGCUCUUUGGUCUUGGCCAUGGUGGAGAGUUUGGAAUCUGAUUGAUUGAUUGCUUCUGUGGACAGGUGUCUUUUAUACAGGUAACAAGCUGAGAUUAGGAGCACUCCCUUUAAGAGUGUGCUCCUAAUCUCAGCUCGUUACCUGUAUAAAAGACACGUGGGAGCCAGAAAUCAUUCUGAUUGAGAGGAGGUCAAAUACUUAUUUCCCUCAUUAAAAUGCAAAUCAAUUUAUAAUAUUUAUGACAUGCGUUUUUCAGGAUUUUGUUGUUGUUAUUCUGUCUCUCACUGUUCAAAUAAACCUACCAUUAAAAUUAUAGACUGAUCAUGUCUUUGUCAGUGGGCAAACGUACAAAAUCAGCAGGGGAUCAAAUACCUUUUUCCCUCACUGUAUAUAGAAAUGACAUAUCUAUUUUAAUACAGACUAGCUCAAAACAUUACUAAUCAUUGAAAAUGACAAGUUACCCAAUGGAUCAUGAUCAUUUUCUAGUAAAAAAGUGGGGAUGCAAAAACACAAGUUUGCACCCCUAUUUUGAAAGUGGGGGUGCAGCUUCUCCGUUUGCUCCAUUGGUCAUGCACCUAUGGUCAAGUCCACAGAGGUAAGAGCUCUGUUCUCUUGUUCAUCUUCUCUUCCCCUUCUACAGUGGCUGGCACCAAGGUCUUUGUCAUGCCCGGUGGGAUGAUGAAGAGUAACGCCAAGCUGGUGGACCUGAUCGAGAAGGUCAAGCCAGAGAUCAGGACACUGAUUGAGAAAUGUAACACGGUACAUAGCUUUAUCCCACACAGUUUCUUCCUUAAUCUAUUUCGGUGGGUGCUCAUGUCACUCAUUACUUAUCACCCAUGAUCUAAUAAUCAGUCUUUCUUGUUCUUCAGGUCAAAAUGUGGGUUCAGUUGCUUAUCCCACGAAUAGAAGAUGGCAACAACUUCGGGGUUUCAAUUCAGGUGCCACGUUUACUUUAUAUGUAUUAACAGGUAAAGUGUUAUUGCUGUCUGUACCUAAGGUCUCAUCUAAGUGUAUAGCUAAAUUGAACCAUUACUCAAUUACUGAUUUGGCCUCUGCAGGAGGAGACAGUAGCUGAACUCCGAACAGUGGAGGGGGAGGCAGCAUCUUACCUCGACCAGAUAUCCAGGUACUAACCUCAACCCAGUCUUUACUUUGUUUACACUGAGUACUCUUACUAGUAGACAAUAUGAACAUCUUAUUUCCUAUCUACCCAUAGAUACUACAUCACAAGAGCAAAGCUGGUAUCCAAAAUAGCAAAAUACCCACAUGUGGUAAGUGUGAUUGCUAACUGUAGGUCUGGUUAGCAGGCUUCUUCCAGACAGAAACCUAUCUACACAGUGGGCAUUUACUGAGGGCAAAAUGACGGUAUGAACCGUAGAAUGCAUUCUUUUACCUGCAACUACAUGACUAUUUACCUUAUCUCUCUCUUUCACUAAACAGGAGGACUACCGGCGCACAGUGACAGAGAUUGAUGAGAAAGAAUACAUCAGCCUCAAGAUCAUAGUUUCAGAGCUGAGAAAUCAAUACGUGAGUCAAAUGUUCUGUUAUACACAGGAAUAGUUUUCCUCACCAUCCGUUUCUACCCACAAGUUAACACAUUGCGUUCUAAUCCUGAACUCUGCUCUGCUACAGGUAACGUUACACGACAUGAUCUUGAAGAACAUUGACAAGAUAAAGAAGCCUAGGAGCAGUAAUGCUGAGGCGUUGUACUAAGACUGACCCAACCACCCUUCCCCUGCCAUGUUGUCGAGGUAGCGGUACCCCAAGCCUGGGUUUGGGUCGUCUGACAGAGUAGAGCUAGACCAUCACAUCCAGAUCAGUACAAUCCAGAAACCAUAGCCCCAGUAGAGAAAACCGCACGCAUAUUUUCGUUUGAUUUGUAAAAUAUCGUCAUUGUUUUAAAAACCUUUGAAGAAUACGUUAUGAGAUCGCUCGACGGACGGAGAGAGAUAGGUCUAGAAAAAGAAGAGUGCUAUGUAUUUUUUAAAAUGUAAUUAAAAACCAUUUUGUCCAUGC